AUGACUACUCUUUCGGGCGGGUGUCGUUUGGAGAAGGCAAAAAGACGAAAAAGGACGAGAAAAAGGAGGACGAUGCGAAGGCUGCCGUGGCAACCUGCUCGUCUGGCAACCUGUCCUCCGGACGCCUGUAAUCAGGGCAACAGGGCCAUCGGCUCAGCGGUGCACACAACGCCCGUUCUCAGUCGGCGCGAUGGCAACCAGGCCGGUCUAAUGGAGAGGCUGGAGGGAGGCAGCAAGACUGACGAGGCAGCAAGACUGACGAGGCAGCAAGCGCCAGUCGACACGACGACAGACGAGUGCAAGAUCGGACGUCUCGACGCAUGCGCCACCAGGAACUCACCGAGCCCCGUUAGACGCCCGACGCAACCUCGAGUCUUCCACACUCCGUCCGGAAUUAUUUGCCCCAGCGACUGGCUGAACAGACUCGGUUCCGCGACUGCGGACGAUGCUGCAACGGUAGCCACGGCACUGCAGACGGAAGAUUCAGCUGCCCCAGACACCAGCACAACAUGGCCUCGAUCAAGCCUGACUGGCACGAAGCCGAAAAUCCCGCCACCACCACCACCACUUCCACCGUCGUCGACGGUGAUUCGGUCUCGGAGUUGGGAAACCUUCGCUGGCGCCGCCUGGAAUCUUGUAGCCCGUCCGACGAGCUCGGUCCGCAGGGACUCAACUCGUCGGCCGCCAUCAGGCCGACCGAAACUAGGGCCCAACUGGCUUGGCUGGGCGUCGAGGGACUCGAACCACCGACCGGUCUACUGCCGCCCCUCUCCACCAUCUCCUUUGCUCAACUAA